CAGAGCCAUAUUUGGGCCAAGCCGUAUAAACGUUUGGGCCAACUUGUUUGAGAUAGCAUAUAAGCCCAAUAGAGUUUUGUUGCUGAGCUUAUUUGUGAAUCCAUAUAAAGUCUUGACCUAAUAACGAAAGCUAGGGUUUUUUCUCUGUGAAAUCGCUCGCCGGCAUAAAAGAGAGUCAGAAGAGGAAGAAGAGAGUUACAAGGAUUGAAAAUGAAGGGACGUCAAGGAGAGAGAGUUAGAUUGUAUGUUCGUGGAACAGUCCUCGGUUACAAGAGGUCCAAGUCGAACCAAUACCCUAACACUUCUCUCGUCCAGAUUGAAGGUGUGAACACUCAAGAGGAGGUUAAUUGGUACAAGGGUAAGCGUUUGGCUUACAUCUACAAGGCAAAGACAAAGAAGAACGGUUCUCACUACCGUUGCAUUUGGGGCAAAGUCACUAGGCCUCAUGGUAACAGUGGUGUUGUCCGUUCUAAGUUCACUUCAAACCUACCACCCAAGUCAAUGGGAGCUAGAGUCAGAGUCUUCAUGUACCCUAGCAACAUAUGAGGAGGCUAGAUUUCAACAAGUAUCGGAAGGAAUCGCCAUUAUCAUUUCUCAGGAGCUGUAGUUUUAUCUAUUCACUUUUAUUCUAGACUCUCUGUUGGUUUUGAUUUUAUCUUGAGACGAAGUAAAACAUUUUUUUUCUUGAGAUCAUAUACUAUCGAGUAUUAAUGGAACUUGAGAAAAGCUAUGAUCCCAGUCAUUUUCCUUAUUUAGAUUUCUCUUACUCUAUUCCCUUAACCUUUUCUCCAAUUUGAGUGUUGAUGAAAGAAAUCAUUUCUCCUUCAUGCUAUAACUAGCAAGUAGCCAAUGUAGACUUUUUCUUGCAACUAAAUCAAUUUAUUCUUGGAAUAUUAAUUCUAGUUGGUAUA